AUGGCGCCAAUUUCUGUUGACCGUGGCAAGCGGAAGGCUUCUGAGGAGCGGCCAUCCGAGGAUACUUCUGCUCACCGAAGCAAAAAGGCGAGAACGGAGUCUCCUAAGAAAGAAGACCAGGACGAUGACAAGCAGGCUCUCAAACUAGUACCUUACCCAGAGAAGCCUGCGGUUUUAGAGGAACGAUCUGGGCAAAUUGAAUUUCGGGUUGUCAACAAUGAUGGCGAGAGGGAGAGCUUUAUCAUUCUCACUGGUCUCAAAUGCAUUUUUCAGAAGCAACUGCCAAAAAUGCCUAAAGAUUAUAUCGCCAGACUGGUGUAUGAUAGAACUCACCUGUCCAUCGCCAUUGUAAAACAUCCGCUAGAAGUGGUUGGUGGCAUAACGUAUCGACCUUUUAAAGGAAGGAAGUUCGCAGAGAUUGUAUUUUGCGCUAUCUCUUCUGACCAACAGGUGAAAGGAUAUGGAGCCCAUUUAAUGUCUCAUUUAAAGGACUAUGUGAAAGCCACUUCUGAUGUGAUGCAUUUUCUUACAUAUGCUGAUAAUUAUGCUAUUGGAUAUUUCAAAAAGCAAGGAUUCACGAAAGAUAUCACACUUGAAAAGUCUAUUUGGAUGGGCUACAUCAAGGACUACGAGGGAGGCACAAUUAUGCAAUGCACAAUGCUCCCGAAGAUUCGAUAUCUCGAGGCUGGACGGAUGCUCUUAAAGCAGAAGGAAGCAGUACAAGCCAAAAUCCGAGCUUUUAGCAAAUCGCACAUUGUCCAUGCGCCACCUAAGGAGUGGAAAAACGGCGCUUUUAACAUCGACCCCCUGAGUAUACCUGCAAUUAAAGAAUCUGGAUGGUCACCAGAUAUGGAUGAGUUGGCCCGCCAACCCCGACAUGGUCCUAAUUAUAACCAACUGCUACACCUCCUCAACGACAUGCAGAACCAUACCUCUGCUUGGCCAUUUGCUCAGCCGGUUAACAGAGAUGAAGUCCCUGACUACUACGAAGUUAUCAAGGAGCCUAUGGAUCUUUCCACAAUGGAGGAGAAGCACGAAAAGGACAUGUAUCCGACCCCGCAAGACUUCAUCAAGGAUGCCAAAUUAAUUUUUGACAAUUGUCGGAGGUAUAAUAAUGAAAAUACCUCAUAUGCUAAAAGCGCAAAUAAAUUGGAACGAUUUAUGUGGCAACAGAUCAGAAAUAUACCAGAGUGGUCGCACCUGGCGGAGUAA